GGCAGAAUGAAAGGAAAUCCUCCUCAGAGGUGGAGAGCAGCAGUCGCUACCGCAGCCUCCAGCCACCAGGGGUUGCUCAGCCCCGCCAAGCUUUUCGAUCAAGCCGUUAUGUCUUCGGUCACAAAUAACUAGAGGGGGGAAAAAGCUUAACUUGUCGGUCGGAAAGAAAACAGAAGUCUUCUUUCUCUGACUUUCUGUUUCUCUUUUCCGACGCUCGCCUCGAACAAAGCUAGCCGAGAGAGCGAUGAAACAGCCGUCCUGAGGAAUCCAAUUUUCUAGAAAAACAACUGUAAUGAAAAGCUAAGAGUGCCAAACAGCAAGAACUGCAUAAAGAUAAGUGAAGUACUUGAAACGGAAAAUACAAGAUGAGUGCUUCUGGAGGAAGCUGUGGAAGUCCAAACUCUGCAGAACCUGCCACUGAUUACUUCAAGGAGUUGUGGUCCAAAUUGAAGGAAUGCCAUGAUAAAGAAGUGAAAGGAUUACUGUCGAAGAUCACCAAACUGAAAACAGAAAGGUGUAUGGAUGCAGAGAGGCUUGAAGAGUUCUACGCCAAAAACCAACAGCUUAGAGAGCAACAAAAAUCACUGCAUGAAACUAUUACAGUUUUAGAAGAUCGGUUAAGAGCAGGAUUAUGUGAUCGUUGUGCAGUCACCGAAGAGCAUAUGAAGAAGAAACAGCAGGAAUUUGAAAAUAUCCGGCAACAGAACCUUAAGCUGAUCACAGAACUGAUGAAUGAAAGAAACAAUUUGCAGGAUGAAAAUAAAAGGAUUUCUGAGCAGCUUCAGAAGAUGCAGCAGAAGAUAGAGGAGCAAGAGCAAUACAUGGAAGAGCUUAUUCCAGAUUCACCAGUUCAGUCGCUUUCACUUUCAAUGGUUAAUCGAAUGCGCCGAAAACGGGAGAAUAGACAUGUCCGGUACACAGAACAAAAGUGUACAAAUAUGGAACAGACAGGACCACCACAUAAGCUUGGGAAGAUCCCGCUGUCAUCCAUUCAAAGGCAUGUUCAUUCUGAAGAAGAAAUAUUGGUGGCAGAUACCUGUGAUCCACAGCUGACCCCAGUAUCACGUAACUCUAAUGGAAAAAUAGGAAGAGAGUGCCCUGCUACAACAUCACCUUUUAACUUGGCUGCAGUUGUUACAGAAACGCUUGAACUUGAUGAGCCUGAACCUCAAAAUAAACUACAAGGAGAUUCCAGAAAAAAGUUGCUUCAUGUGUUUCCUAAAAGUAAUGGUGACAACUUGGGAUUUUCAGAUCAACCUGAAAACACUUCUCCACCUACAGAUUGGGAUUCUAAGGUACCUUCUCCUGUUUUUGGAACAUCUGCAAAUGUGAAGAACAACUUGGGCCUGAGUAAAAGUCUUUCCCCUUCUGUGUUAGCAACAGGGCAGAAGUCAAAUCUGAAAAUCAACCCAGUCAAUUCUCCUCAUUCUAGAGUCGAGAAAAUGAAAUCAAAAUCUGAAGAUGUUGCUUUUGUUGCACCGCUUAACCUUAGGACUGAAAUAACCUCGGUUAUUAGUCAGGCUUCAACUGGUAAGCAAGUAGUUCUGAAACAGAGUGCAAAUGAGCCCAUAACAUGUGUGACCAACACACAUUUAGAUAAAGAUGAGAUAGUCAAGAGCGACUUCCUUCUUGCAUCACAGAAACUAUUAGGCAGCAGAAAUCCUAAAAGGAAGAAAUCUGAUGAGAGAGGUGGGCAUGUGACUAACUGUGAAAAAGAAAAUGCUUUCCCUUCCCAUGUAGACGUUCCUCUUAUCAAUAGAGAUAAUACAACUGAUAAGCCUUUAGAUCUAUCUGAUCACUUUUCUGGUUUUUGCUGUCAAGAAAAAAGCUACGUAAGUGCUGAAACCUCCAAAACCAGACUGAGGCAGGCAACUCUCCAUGAUGCUUUUCAACUACCAGUGAAAGAUUCUUCUUCUAAUAUCAUCAGUGGUAACUACCUAAUGAGCAAAGAUUCACAAGAAGAUCCCUGUGUACAGGAAGCAAUUCUUAAAUGUCUCAGUAAAGCAUCCCCAGAGAAUGAACCUCAACUACAAAUAAACGAAGAGAUUACUACCUUUUGUAAUCCACCAAUGCCAAAUGAUGCCCUAGAAUCAGAUCUCUCUGAAGAUAUGAAAGUUGCUGGUGUUCAGGAAUCAGCAAGAAAGAGGAUAAGGUCAGGAACUGGAGUGGGUGAACCAGCAUCUGUGCUUCAGCCAAAUCCUUGUAGAGUCACAAAAACCACAAAGCUGCUCAAUGAACAAGAUAAAUCAUCCUUGGAAAGUGUGCAGUGGAGUAUAGAUCCAGGAGCUGACCUUUCCCAAUACAAAAUGGAUGUUACUCUGAUAGACACAAAAGAAGGUAUCCAAGGAAGAAUUGAAGCAGAGACCAUGGACAUGGACUAUACGUAUGUCAGUGAUAGUAUUCUAUUAAGAAUGAAAAAUCAAGAACAUAAUGAAGCAAGCAGUCCCAGAGAGAAAAGAAAAAAUGACACCUUGGCAGAAAUAUUUGAUCAGACGUCAUAUGAAGAAUAUGAAUCCUAUGUAGAAGAUGACAAUCUUCCAGGAUAUAACAAUAGGGAGUCUUCUCAAGUGGAAGAGGAAGAAAAUAAGGAAAUGUCAACAGUAAAGAAAAACCUACAGAGAUGUGGAGACAAACAAGAUAAAAUUAAACAGAAGGCUUUUGUGGAACCUUAUUUUAAAAGUGAUGAAAGAAGGAACACUGUAUUAGAUUUUCCUCAUGUUGAGGUUGUUCGUAAAAAAGAGGAAAGAAAAAAAUUACCUGGACAUACUUGUAAGGAAUGUGAAAUAUACUAUGCAGAUUUUCCAGAAGAGGUGAGGGAGAAGAAGUUAGCUGCCUGUUCAAGGCACCGGUCUCGCUACGUUCCUCCUGAUACACCGGAAAAUUUCUGGGAAGUAGGAUUCCCAUCCACCCAAAUGUGUGUUGAAAGAGGUUAUAUAAAAGAGGACCUUGCUCCCUGCCUACGUCCUAAAAGAAGGCAGCCUUAUAAUGUGAUGUUUUCUCCAAAAGGCAAAGAACAAAAAACAUGAGGAAUAAAAUGUUAAAGAUUGAUAUAGAAAUCUUUUUUCCCAUUAAUAUUUGAAACCAGUGAAAAUAUAAAUAUUAUGGGGAAUUCCCUCUUACCAUCUGAAAAUCAUGGUCCCUAAACACAACUAUUUAAUGUAUAUAUAUUUUUGGUUUUCUAUAUAUAUUUGUGUCUUGUCCUGAUUUUGCACCUUGUAGUAUGGAGUUUCUGUUUCUUUGGAGUCUACAGUUCAACUCCCUAAUGGCUGCCUUUAUAUGUUGUAAGUUGAUGUGACUUUUGGGGGCCAAGCAAGUUGCAGCUGCUAAAUUCAGGUCUAGGAGAUUCUAAUGAACCUUAGAGGAUGUUUCCAUUUUGCACUUGAUAACUUAAAUAAUUUGUAACCACUUUGCCUUUUGUAAUAAUUUUUGGAAAAAAAUAUAAUAAAACUGAUUUUCUUAA